AUGUUCCUAUCAAGAGCAAAGGAGGAGAGUACAGACACACUUGCUGUUUCAGCCCUCGCUACUUGCUUCGUUUAUCUUCUGCUUGGCAAAUUAGGCGGCACUGACCCAUGUUUGUAUGUCAUUCAUCACGAGACCAUAAUUCGGGCCAUUGAGUUGACCCAUCUCCCUAGAGAUUUUCUCAGCUGGUCUACUGAGUCACUUAGCUCCUCGACACAGUCAUGCAUAGCGGCAACCUCUCUAGGUUUCAUUCCAUGGCUUUGUGACAGCUUAACCAUCAUAGUGGAUGUUGACCGGGCAGUGUUGAGAGAAACAGAGAGAGCAGUCUGGGCUAGAAGCUUUGGAUCUGUUCGAAUGGCACUUGAAUGGCUUGAGAGUGAGUUGAAACAGAGUUUAGGAUAUGUUGUUGCACUGCAAGAUGUUUUAAUGAACUCAGUGCUGGUCGUUCCGGCUGGAAUGCGAGCAGCUGAGUUUGAGUUUAUCUGGGAAGUGAAGGCAAGUAGGAGGAGAAAAGCUGUGAGAAAAUUGUUAGAGAAUGAGCCUUCCAUGUCUCUCCCUUUCUUUCUGUCUCACAAACAGCCUAAAGCUAGUGGAAUGAUGAAAAUGGGAGGGAAAGGAUCCAAAUUUAUAGAAAAAUCUUGA